AACCAAAUAAAAAGAAAUGUUGUUUUUCUUUUUAAACAUUCUCAAUUUCUUUAAAGCAAAAAUUUUGAUAAAAUGAUUAUUGAUUUUUUAAACGAAAUUUGUUAUUUCUUAAAUACAUUUUUGCAAAAUAUUAGAAGACGAAAUAUAUAGAAUCGUAUAAAGUUAUAAUAAACUUUAAUUCCUUCAAAAAUUAAUUAAAAAAGAAUAAAACUUUAAUAUUGAAGUGUCAAAACAUUUUCACAAAUUGAUAUUAUCAGAAAUUCCAAAAUUAAAAAAAAAAAAAGAAAAAAAUAAAAGGAAAAAUGCAAGGCAAUAACGAUAAUGGAGUGACUACAAUUGCAUUACCAAAACCUCAGCACGCUAACUGUUCACAUGGUCAUGAAGAAAUUUCUACUGGUGCACAAGAUACCAUUUAUUUGUGUAAUUUCCGGGUAUCUGUUGAUGGUGAAUGGUUAUGUUUAAAAGAAUUACAGGAUUUAGAUAUACAAGAUGGAAAAAAAUCAAAUAUUGAAUAUGCAAAUGGUACUGGAGGAAACUCAAAUUUUGGUACAAGAAAUAGUAACAAUCGCUUAAUUGAACGUGCUUCUACCACUGAUACUUUAAAUAAAUGCGACCGUGAUUAUUGGGUUAAUUAUUAUUCAAGAGAUCCCGCUUCCAUUGAACGAAGUAAUCUAGUUAAUAUAUGUAAAUUAGUUGUGAAAGAAUUACUUGAACAAUCUUUACGUUAUGGGCGAAUGUUGGAUUCAGAUCAUUUACCAUUACAACAUUUUUUUAUAGUUUUGGAGCAUGUAUUAAGACAUGGAUUGAGACCUAAAAAGGGUCUUCUUGGUCCAAAAAAAGAAUUGUGGGAUUUAUUACAAUCGGUUGAAAAAUAUUGCAUAGAAGCACAAGAUGUUACAGCAAGUGUACGAGAUCUUCCAACCGUUCGUACACAUAUUGGUAGAGCAAGAGCAUGGUUGCGUAUUGCGCUAAUGCAAAAGAAAUUAGCUGAUUAUUUACAACCUUUAAUUGAACAUAGAGAUGAUGCAUUAGCUGAGUACUAUGAGCCUCAUGCUUUAAUGAUGAGUGAUGAAGUGAUUGUAAUUAUGGGAAUUUUAGUUGGAUUAAAUGUUAUUGAUUGUAAUUUAUGUGUUAAGGAGGAAGAUUUAGAUUCACAACAAGGUGUUAUUGAUUUUUCUUUGUAUUUACGUUCAAGUUCAAGAAAUAGCCCAGAUGACGACAACGGUACAAUUGAACCAUCUGAAGGUAGUAAUAUGACAGCAGUUUUGGAUCAAAAAAAUUAUAUUGAAGAGCUUAACAGACAUUUAAAUGCAACCGUUAAUAAUUUACAAGCAAAAGUCGAAACUCUUACAACUACAAAUGCACUAAUGAAAGAAGAUUUGGCAAUUGCAAGAAAUAGCUUAUUAGCAUUGCAGGCAGAAAAUCAAGCUUUGCGAAAGAAUAUUGCACUAAAUAACUCAACUAAUUCAUCAAACCCAAACUCAGAUAAUAAUUCUGAUAAAAUUCUGGAUAUUUCAAACAAUUCUGAUUUAACACAAAAUUUGAAUGAAGAACGUAAAAAAGUUAAUGAAUUAGAGAAAGAACUAAAAUUGCAAAUUUCAUUGAAAGCUGAAACAGACAUGGCAAUGAAAUUAUUAGAAAAAGAUAUACAUGAAAAACAGGAUACAAUUAUUUCAUUAAGACGACAGCUAGAAGAUAUUAAGCAGAUUAAUUUGGAAAUGUAUAAAAAAUUACAGGAAUGUGAGGAAGAACUAACUCAAAAAGGUGAAAUGGUAUCCAGAUUACAAACAAAAGCGUCACAAAUUGGUAAUAUUUUAGCAAAUUUAGAAAAACAAGGAAAAUUGGAACAAAAUGAAUUAAAUAAAACACCAACGUCAUCAUCAUUAGCUUCAACAUCGUCAAUUCAAAAUCAGAGACCUCGUUCUCAAAUUGUUUCAAAUUCUCAAAUUAGUUUUAAUAAGAAAUCUAAAAAUGAAUGUUUAGGACCACCACAUAAAAAAUUACAUUAUAUUGAUCCAAUACCACCAUUUAAUGCGAAUAAAAUUCGUAAAAUCCCAACACCAUCAUCUGAACCGGAUUCAGAAUCGUUAUCACCAUCAAAUUCGAAAAUAGAAAGUAAGAAAAAAAAUAAUAAUUCUUUAAGUGAAAAUUCGUGUAAAACAAAAAAUAUUAAAAAUGAUGAUGGGGCUGAUUCAAAUAAAAUUUCUUUAAAAACUGAUAUUGAUAAUGAAAUAAAAAGAGACAGCCAAGAGAAAUCAAUUUCUGAAGUUACGACUGCAGAAGAUAAUACUGAAAAAUAAUGCUAUAAUUAUGUAUGUAAUGUAUUAAAUUAAAGAAUGUUGUUUUUUUUCGGUAAAAAAUUACUCUAGCUUAUUUUCAUAUAUUGAUAAAUUUACAUUCUGGAAAGAAAUACUUCUUAUUUUAACUAUAAUCUUGGGAACAAAAGUAAGCCAGAUCAGCAGAUUGAAUAUUAAUUACUUUUCUUUUGAAAGACAAUAUAAAUUUUUUAUGUAAUGAACACAAUUUUUAAUUAGAAUUUUUAAAUGUCUUUUGUCUACAAAAGUUGACAAAACACAAAAUUAUUAGUACGUUCUGUACAAAAUUAUUAUGAAUUACUUUAACGAGUAUAUUUUACAAUGUAAUACACUAGAUUUCACUUUUAGUAAAUGAUUUCAUAUUGUUCAAACUUUAAAUUAAAAUUUAACUUUGAUUGCAUUUUAUUGUACUCUUGCAUUUAUUCAAUUAAUUACUUAAAAUAAAACUUUCUUAGGUCAAUCAAAAUUAGAUUCUUAUAUUAAAUUAAUUAUUUAAUUAAAAUUUACUUAUUCAUAAUUUUAAUUUAGCGUUAGCAGUUUGUCUAGUUUUAAAAUAUUUGUUUUAGACAAAUAAAUAGUAUUACUAAUUUUCUUGAACUUGGAGUAAAGCUUAAUUUAUAUCGUAGAUGUUUGUAAUUAAUUUAUACCUUGGGCGUACGAGCUUUUGUUCCAAAGAAAAAGAAAUAUAAUAUGUAUAGUAUCCGUUUGAAAUAGCUAUGGUUUUUAAAAAAUAUCUCUAUUUUUAAAUGAUAAACUUGUUGAGAUAUAAUGAAACAUCUAUUUGAAAAAAAAUUUCAAUACAUAUUUAAAAAAUUAUUUUAUUAGACUCAUUUCGUUGUCUUAAUCAGAUAAAAAGUUAAAUCAAAAAAAAAGUUAAUGAUUCCUUAUUUUAUUUCCAUCAAUCAUUGAAAUAUGAAUAGAAAAAAUUAGAGAAAUAUUUUACUGAAAUAAAAAUUAAUAAAAUUAUAUUAUAUUAUAUAAUAAUAUGCAUAAAUAAAAUAAAAAUAUGCAUGUUAAAAUAUUUAUUUGAUUGGAUUAUAUUCAUUGAUUUGUGGUGAUCCGCUAUAGUAUAAUUCAGUGUCACUUCGAAACAAAAGUUAUAAUUUGGUAUAAAAACUUGCAUUAUCAUUAUAACUAUGGAAUCUUAUGUUAUGUAUUUAUAUUAUAGAUGUAUAUGUAUGAAUUAUAUAUAAAUGUAUAUAUAUAUAUAUAUAAAUCAAUGCAUGAAAUGAUAGUUUUCUUUAUUAUUUUAAAUGAUUUAAAAGAAAAAUUGUAAUUGACGUGAAACAAUGUGAAAAUAUUUGAAAUUUUCUUAAGAAAAUACAAUUAAUUUGCUUAUUUUAUAUAUGUACAUAUAAUUAAUAUUAAAUCCCAUAUCAUGAAUUCCGUUCGUAGAACUGAAAUUUGAAAAAUUGCGAAUUUCAUAUUUUCAAUUUCGAAUUACGAAAAUUCUGUUCCGAAUAUUCGUAAUAGAGUAUUCGUGAAUUACGUUCGUAGCAAAAAUAAAUCUUAAAAGUUUAUGAAAGAAAUAAUCACACGUAACAAGCAAUUAAAAAAGAAUGGUUUAUUUUAAAUUUUUAAGUUUUGAAUUUUUUUCUGUGUUGUCUUUUUCUCUAACACGGGAAAAUUAAUUAAUUUUUGUUAAAAAAAUUUCAGUUUUCGAUAAUAUUUAAAAACGAAAAAAAACUGCUAAGCUCCGCUUUUAAAAAAUAUUUUUUUGUUUGAAUGUUGUUUACUCAAAUAGCAACCAUAAAAUUUAAAUAAACAUUUGACAUAUUUUGAAAUAAAAUAUUUAUUUAGUUAGU